ACCAUUUCCGUUGUAAACGUCGCUAGAUGUCUCGUCGGAAGAUGUGUUGUGGGCACUUCUCACUUUGGCUCAGUCUUUGAACUUCAAGGCCGCAUUUAAGGUAUUCUUGUUCUUGCAUCUUCGUUCGCCAUGAUACGCUUACUCCACAAAGCUGCCACUGUCAAGUGCAAUAUUAAUAGUUUAGUAACAAGAUGCAUGUCUGGGGCGGCUCCAUCUUCAGCACUGCCAUCACCCCAGACAAAUCCUGAAAUAUUAUAUCAGGGUAUCUUCAUCAACAAUGAGUGGCAUAAUGCUGCGUCUGGAAAAACUUUUCCUGUUUAUAAUCCUUCAACAGGUGAAGCUAUUGCAAAUGUACAAGCUGCUGAAAAGGAAGAUGUAAAUAAGGCUGUGAAAGCUGCUCAAAAGGCAUUCCAGUUGGGCUCGACAUGGAGAACUAUGAAUGCUUCCCAACGAGGAAACCUUUUGAAUCGUUUGGCAGACCUGAUGGAAAGAGACCGUGUCUAUUUGGCAAGCUUGGAAACUCUGAAUAAUGGAAAACCCUAUAGUGCGGCCUAUGUUGCAGAUUUGGAACUUAGUAUUAAAUGUCUGCGUUACUAUGCUGGUUGGGCCGACAAAGUCCAAGGAAAAACAAUUCCAGUUGAUGGAUCCUUCUUUGCAUACACUCGCCACGAACCUGUCGGAGUUUGCGGCCAAAUCAUUCCAUGGAAUUUUCCUUUGUUGAUGCAAGCAUGGAAGUUGGGUCCAGCUCUAGCAACUGGAAAUACUGUCGUCAUGAAGCCAGCCGAACAAACCCCGCUUACUGCCCUUUAUGUCGCCGAGCUUAUCAAAGAGGCUGGUUUUCCGCCAGGAGUAGUCAACAUUGUACCUGGUUUCGGACCCACAGCUGGAGCUGCUAUCGCCUCUCACAUGGGUGUUGACAAAGUAGCUUUUACUGGAUCCACCGAGAUUGGACAUCUGGUCAUGACUGCAGCAGCUCAAUCAAACUUGAAGCGUGUUACUUUAGAGCUUGGUGGCAAAUCGCCUAACAUUAUUUUCAAGGAUUGCGAUCUCGAUCAUGCCGUGGAAACAGCACACUUUGGACUCUUCUUUAAUCAGGGCCAAUGCUGUUGCGCUGGUUCUAGAAUUUUUGUCGAAGACGCGAUCUAUGAUGAAUUUGUCGCUCGAAGUGUCGAGCGUGCUAAGAAUAGGACCGUUGGCAAUCCUUUCGACUUGAACGUCGAACAGGGACCCCAGGUGGACGAGGAUCAGUUUAAAAAGAUUCUGUCGCUCAUCGACGCCGGCAAAAAGGAUGGUGCCAAACUUUUGGCUGGUGGUCAACGAUACGGAGAUCGCGGUUAUUUCAUUCAACCGACCGUGUUUGCCGAUGUCACAGAUGAUAUGAGGAUUGCCAGAGAAGAGAUCUUCGGUCCAGUGCAACAAAUAUUGAAGUUUAGUAGCAUGGAAGAGAUUGUUGAACGUGCCAAUAAGACAAUUUACGGCUUGGCCGCUGCCGUUUUCACCAAGGAUUUGGACAAGGCGAUGUAUCUAUCGCAAGGACUGCGCGCCGGAACUGUCUGGGUCAACUGUUACGAUGUCUUGGAAGCGCAAACGCCUUUCGGUGGCUUUAAGAUGUCGGGUAUCGGCCGCGAGUUGGGCGAAUACGGCCUGCAAGCUUACACUGAAGUCAAGAGCGUCAUUGUCAAAAUGCCACAGAAAAAUAGUUAAAAACUAUCUUCGAUGUUUUGGGUGAAAUGGUCAUAAGGUUUCCACUUGGUGGAGUGAACGAGAUCUAAAAAAUUGUUUUUGUUUCUUUUUCUCUUUUUAAAUUGUUACCUUCCUUGGGUUGAAAUUGUUUCGGGUCUAUCAGCAAUAUAUCUCUCUAUUAUUGGA